UAAUCUCAUCGUUGCAGUCACUCAGAAUCAAUUAUUACCCCCCAAAAAAGUCUAAAGCUACUCGCUUCCACCACAUCAUCCAAAACCAUCAAAAUGGUCGCUCCCCACGUCCUCAAGAGCACUGCUCUUGCCUUCCUGAACUCCCUGGCCCUCAUGCCAAAUACCACAACCGAGGAUCCAGUCCGUUUCGACAUGCAAGCCAUUCGGGCUGUCCGCGCCCCGAACUACUCUCACACUUUCGGCCACAACUUCUUCGUAUCGCAAUCGCCGCCUCUACAGGGCACAUCCGACCUCGACGGCUUCAUGGAGCGCGUGGGAAAAAUGACUUUGAAAUUGGAGAGCGAAACCAAGGAGGUGUUGUCAGUAGCAGUGGAUGCCGGAGAGCGCUCCGCAGUGGCGAGAGUCGCCUACCAGAUGAAGGCGCCGGGGCAACAGCCUGUGGAGAACGACCUUAUCUGGUGGUUGUGGAUGGAUAAUAAGGGAACCAAAGUCGAGAAGAGCGUGGAGUUUGUGGACCCCGCUGCGACGAAGGAGUUGCAGAAUAGGAUGAACGCAUCGGCCUCUGCUGCGCCAAAGUAUUUGUAGAGUCUUUCUGCCAGGUUUUUUCCUAGCGGGUGCUGCAUAGCGGAGAUGAUUUUACAGAUUGCGGUUUGGUCCGAUUG